GCGGAGGUCGGAAGCAUGGAGCGUGGCAGCGGCAAGGAGGGUGGCCUGGGGCGCACGGUGUGCGUGCUGACUGGGGCUUCCCGCGGCUUCGGCCGGGCGCUGGCCCCGCUCCUGGCCCCCCUGCUGUCAGCCGGUUCCGUGCUGGUCCUCAGCGCCCGCGACGACGAGGCGCUGCGGCAGCUGGAGGCCGAGCUGGGCGCCGCGCGACCGGGCCUACGCGUGGUGCGGGUGCCCGCCGACCUGGGUGCCGAGGCCGGCUUGCAGCAGCUUCUCGGCGCCCUGCGUGAGCUCCCCGGGCCCGAGGGGCUGCAGCGAGUGCUGCUCAUCAACAACGUGGGCACUCUUGGGGAUGUGUCCAAAGGCUUCGUGGACCUGGCUGACUCAACUGAAGUGAACAACUACUGGGCUCUGAACUUGACCUCCAUGCUCUGCCUGACUUCUGGCAUCCUGAAGGCCUUCCCGAACAGUCCUGGCCUCAGCAGGACCGUGGUUAACAUUUCGUCCAUCUGUGCCCUGCAGCCUUUCAAGGGCUGGGCACUGUACUGUGCGGGGAAGGCUGCCCGUGACAUGAUGUUCCAGGUCCUGGCCACAGAAGAACCGAGUGUAAGGGUGCUGAGCUAUGCCCCAGGUCCACUGGACACAGACAUGCAACAGCUGGCCCGGGAGACCUCCGUGGACCCAGACUUGCGAAAAAGGCUGCAGGAGCUAAAGACAAAGGGGGAGCUGGUGGAUUGCAAGAUGUCAGCCCAGAAACUGCUAAGCUUGCUGCAACAGGACGUGUUCAAGUCUGGAGCCCAUGUUGACUUCUACGAUAAAUAAGCCCAUGUCCUUGGCUUCCUGGGGCUUUCCUCCCCCUCUUUCAGGCACACCCAGGAGCCCUGUGCCUCCCCAUAUCCUGUCACAGUGGCGCCGCCAGCCCUGCCUUACACAGAUAAGCACUCAUGCCUGCUGUCCUGCCCUCAGAUCCAGCCAGCUGUGAGGGCGUCGGGUCGCUGGAGUUCCUGGUUCUUAGGAGUUUGUGUUGACCACCCUGAGUUAAGAGUAGGUUUGGGAGAGAGCAGUCAUGGGUGUUGGUGUUCUCUCUCUCCAGGAAUAGAAUUUUAGAGAUGAGAAAAGCAGGACAGGAAGCUGAAACACUGGAGAGAGGUUGGGUCUCAUGCCUAUGACCAGUCCAUGGGGACAGGGAGGGUGAGCUGGUGUCAAAUGGAAAGGCCCGUGUAGAUUCACAGACAGCCUGGAGGGGAGGGAGAACAGUGCAAGUUCUGGACCACAGGGAUGCCCCUUGCUCAGGGUAGCAGGACUUGCUAUUGAACCUCAUGUCCUCAUUCUGAUGCCUCCUCCCUCCGGAAUCUACCAUCUGUUCAUGUACAUGUCAAAGGCAGAUACAAAUAAAAUGUGGAUUGUCUCUUA